AUGGAUGUGACUCACGCGGACUGCACGAACCCUCCGUCAGGAUCAUCGGUUGCCCAGGAGCUCGACGAGUUCAAAAUGACCACAUUGGGCACGUACGUCCGCCCGCCCGUGAUUUUCUGUAGCGGAAAGGGCUUGAACUUGUACGCCGAGGUACCGGUAGACAACCACGGGCCGGGAACCAUGACACGGUAUCUCGAUUUUGCGGGCGGCAUUGCAGUCAACUCGCUUGGGCAUGCCGAUGAGGGCGUCGCUGACAUUGCGGCAGAGCAGGCUUCCACCCUUGUGCACACCAGCAAUUUAUAUCACAACAACUGGAGUGGUCGCCUGUUGCAGCGUCUUGCCGAACUGACGCGUCAGUUUGGCGGCGUUGGGCUGGCGCCCAAAACGCGCCUCGAUCCGCACAGCUGGCACCUCCGUGGGUUUUUGGCAAACAGCGGUACAGAGGCGAACGAGGCCGCGCUCAAGUUUGCACGCAAAGUUGGCAGCAGCCGCAGCACCUCGCCGGCAUCCAAGACUGGGUACGUGUGCUUCCAAAAUGGAUUCCACGGCCGGACGAUGGGCGCCUUGUCCGUGACGCCCAAUCCCAAGUACCAGGCGCCCUUUGAUCCAUUGAUCCCCAAUGUGCGUGUCGGUGAACUCAACUCGUUUGAAAACCUCCAAUCGUUGGUUGACGAGAGCGUUGCUGGCGUGAUUGUCGAGCCCAUUCAGGGCGAGGGCGGCGUCUUCCCAGCGGAUAUAGACUGGCUUAUUGCGCUGCGUCAGCGGUGUGACCAGGUGGGCGCAGUGCUUAUUUACGACGAGAUCCAGUGCGGUCUCUUCCGUACGGGGACCAUGUGGUGUCACUCAGAAAUGCCCAUUGCAGCGCACCCAGACAUGGUCACGAUGGCCAAACCGCUAGCAAAUGGGUUCCCUAUCGGUGCGGUGCUCAUGCGCCCCGAAGUCGCCGAGGUUGUCGCUGCGGGCGACCACGGCACGACCUUUGGCGGCGGUCCUUUUACCUCCCGCAUCGCGCAUUAUGUGCUUGGCAGGCUUUCGGACCCCGCACUGACGGAAAACGUCAGGGAAAUGUCGAGGUACCUUGUGGAGCGCCUGGAGCGCAUCCAGGUACUGUUUGAGGAUAUGGUCGAUCCGAAUGGUCUCCGUGGCCGCGGCCUCCUUCUAGGCUUGCAGUUGAAGCAGCCCGAUCUUUCCAGCAAGAUUCUCGCGAUGGCACGCCAUCGCGGUGUGCUGAUUCUCACUGCGGGCCAGAAUACACUGCGCUUUGUACCUAGCUUGACGCUGACAAAGGCCGACGUGGACGAGGCCAUGGACGUGCUCGAGAGCUGUUUUCUCGUCGCACGCAAGCAGCAGCUGUAG